GGAGAUGGAUGGCGUGCCACGGCCCACGGCUCAGACACUACAGGAGGCCGGACCGAGGUCCGAUCCUACUGCGUACCUUUAUCGCCUUCAAUCGGACAUUUUUAGCGUCUUGAUCAGUUUUUAUAACGUGUGUGUAUUAGUGCAGUGCCUUGGUGACUAUCUGGCGGCGGUAAUUUGUUGAGUGACUGCGCAAAGAGGACGGGAAGGACAAUGGACGGGGAUCCUGGCCGUGAGCGUCAGGUGAGAACACAUUUGAGCGAGUUCCUGCCGCCAGGUGACCUCUCCCCCACCACGCCCACGCCCCUCAGUCUCUCAGCGGAAGGAGGCCUGAACGAGCAGACGGAGCCCGAGGAUCUCAGCAUCAGGUGUGGGAACGAGGCGCCCCCCACUCCUCUCCUACAGUCUCCCCACACACGCUUGCAAAACACACGCUUGCCAGACAGCCCCCAGCAGAAUGCAGGCACUGACGCACGAGACGGAUGCUGCCUUGGACAGAGAAGAGUGGCCAGGAUGGAGGCCACGUGCUCCGUGGAAACUAUUACUCAGGCGCCUCAAAACACGCGGCAAGAAGGAAGCGCGCCAAUCAGACGGUCAACACCGCCGCCCUCCACCCCUGCUCCCCCUGAUUCUCACUGCAUGGCCAAGCUGCCGUCACCAGGGCCGGACGCUGAGUCUCAGCACGUGCGCGCCAUGCAGGCCCUGGCCACCCGCCUUGACGCCCGACCUUCCGUCGUACCAGUCAGCAGCGGCGGCGGUCACCUGGACACCACAAAGCCCGUGGAAUACAGUGCCCACAGUGACCCAAGAGAUACCGUCAGGCUACAACAACUCUCUCCCAAUCCCGGGUUGGCAUCUGGUAGACCACUUGCCCUGGCUGGGACACACCACGCAUCCAAGGAGGUUUCGGCCAAGUCGUUGGGCCAGCAGGAUCCCUGGGGACACGUCCACAAGGAUUUCCGGAAGGUACAGAAGCAAGUCGAGCUCCAGAACACAACCUCUCCCCAGUAA